AUGUUCAGUGGCUCCUCGAGCCCACCCAAAGACAAGACAGACGCCGUCUCAACUCCAGUCCCUGGGCUUGACACCAGCGCCCUAAACAUCAAUCCCGAAAACGCUAGUCCCCGCGACAAGAGGUUCUCCCCGCCCGGUGCUGGAUUCUUUAACCGCCGACAGAGCGAUCAAGAAGGCGCAGCCGGUGAGAAGAAGCGUCGCAGCAGUACCGUCACCAAGGCGGCAAGCUUCUUCAGCAACGCCAAAAACUCCUUGAGUUUGAACGGCACGCGUGAAUCCUUCUCGGCCAUUAGCAGUAGUCCAUCAGGCUCCGAAAGCCCCCUCCAAAGGCUGGGUAAGAUGGACCCGGCCCUGAGCGUCCCGCAAGGGUCCUUCAACAACUCCGCUGGAGAAUCGGCACCGACUCCACGAUCAUCUUUCCGCGUUGGUGUUACGGAAGAUAGGAAUCGAAAAUGUCGCCGCACAAUGGAAGAUACACAUGCCUACCUGUACAACUUUCUCGGUACCCCAGCCCCUACGGCGCCCGACAUAAAUGGCAACGAUCCUCCUGGGUCAGGUAGCGGGUCACAAGCGUCGGAGGCUGCCUCAAAUGUGGUGGAAACAGACAACGGUUACUUUUCCAUAUUUGACGGGCAUGCUGGCACAUUCGCAGCAGAGUGGUGUGGUAAAAAACUGCACUUGAUUCUCGAAGAGAUCAUGCGCAAGAACCCCAACACGCCCGUUCCUGAACUUCUCGAUCAGACGUUUACCAGUGUCGACCAGCAACUGGAGAAGCUCCCUCUUAAAAACAGUGGAUGUACGGCUGUCAUCGCCGUUCUUCGCUGGGAGGACCGUGUGCCCAGUUCUCAAUCGGCCACUGGAUCUGCCGCUCUCGCUGCUGCGGCAGCCGCAGGUAGGAAUGACGCCAACUCCGAUGCCAACGAUACUCCGACUCAGGAGGGCCCCUCUGGGUCAAUCCCCAAGUUGCAGCACAAGGCUCAGCGCCAGCGCGUUCUAUACACAGCCAACGUCGGUGAUGCGCGCAUUGUAUUAUGUCGCAACGGCAAGGCCCUCCGGUUGUCCUACGAUCACAAGGGCAGCGAUGAGAACGAAGGGAAGAGAAUCGCCAAUGCUGGUGGGCUGAUCCUGAAUAACCGCGUUAAUGGCGUGCUUGCGGUCACUCGUGCCCUUGGUGAUGCCUAUCUCAAGGACUUGGUUACCGGGCAUCCGUACACCACCGAGACUGUCAUUCAGCCGGACGCGGAUGAAUUUAUCAUUCUAGCCUGCGAUGGGCUAUGGGAUGUUUGCAGUGACCAAGAAGCUGUUGAUCUUAUCCGCAACGUACAGGACGCCCAACAUGCAUCCAAGCUUCUUGUCGACCACGCCCUCGCACGAUUCAGUACCGAUAACCUCUCGUGCAUGGUCAUCCGGCUCGACUCCGCCCGUCUGAAGAACGUUGUCAACAACAAGACGGAGCCGAUUGGAGUGGAAGGCGACCCAGCCACGAACGUGGCUCACGGUAUGAGCGAAGCAGACAAGAUUGUGGAGGGGGCAAGGAAAAGCAUGGCCAACGCGGGAAUUGCCGAUUCAGAGAAGGCAGAGCAGAUCGGAGAGGAGACUCUUCAGAAGAUGGCUAACAAAAGCGAAUCCUCCGAGGCCGAGCUCUACGCGCACGGUAGUCUGCCAUCGGUGGAUAUUCUGGCCUCGACGCAUACGUCUCAGGGAACCAAGUGA